AUCAGGCAGUGCGCGCGGUGAUGAUUCUCCAGUGAAGAGUUCAUAUCUAGAAACUCAAUUUCCACAGAAGUUUCUCGAGCAGCAGACUCCUUCGGAUGAAAGGAAGCUUUUCCAAGUACAAUGGAUCCGAAUCACAACGACUCUACUGUUACAGAGCUAGUCGCGCAAAAAUUCCGUAUCAGUGAAUCAGUAGUUGCCAUCUUUGAAGGGUAUCAAAUCGAUGACAACAAACAUCAGGACCGACUGUUGGCAGUCGUGAGUUCCUAUAAUUCAUCGGCGCUAUUCAUUUUCUCCAUCGCUCAAUACCCGCCGAAAUGCAUAUCAGACCUUACCAUCGUUAACGUGUAUCCUAUCGAUGAAACUUUCGGGGUGAAUACGGAUUCUGCAACUGUCAGCUCCAUAUCCGGUGAAAAACUAACGAUAAUCUCCCAGAAUGAACCUACUGUGUUCUACCAUCAGGCCUGCCCGGAUACGGUCGCUUCCCGGGAAUAUUUUAUUACCAAGCUGAAACAGUUGACUGUCGACUUUAAAAACAUUUCCUCGCAAGCCGGUUCCUCUAAUGGAACGCUGGAUUUCAAAUGGGUGGACUCCUACAAACGAACCGAAACAGGCAAUGAUCGCCCCUUAAGCAUUAAUUCAAUGAUCAAAGAGGAGCUGGAAAGACGCCGGUCCGAGUAUAUCGUGUAUAAACCGUUAAUAAUUUAUACCGCUACCUGGAACGUAAACGGACAAACAGCUGAAGAUAUCGAACUGCCAGAAUGGUUGUCCACCACUGAAGAUCCGCCAGAUAUCUACGCGAUAGCGUUUCAGGAAGUCGAGUUUACUGUCGUUAAGAUUGUAAUGAAGGAAACGAAAAUCGAUCGAACCUGGGUGGAGAAAGUUAUCAGUGGGUUGCAUAGCGGUGCAGUCUAUGAAGAAAUUGAAUCCGUGCGUUUGGUAGGGACGAUGUUAUCUGUGUUUGUAAAAUCAUCACUGAGGAACCAGAUUUCAGACUGUUUGAUUAAAUCGGUACCAACUGGAGCUUUAAACUAUGGUAACAAAGGUGGCGUCGGGAUCAGUUUCCAGCUAAACGAAUCGCUUCUGUGUUUUGUAAACGCACAUCUCACAGCUGAUCUGCAGAAGGUUGCAGGUCGUAACCGAGAUCACGAUGAAAUCAUGAGAAAAAUGUUUUUUGAAAAUACUUCUCGAUUGCGAUCCAUCCACGACCAUCAUCACAUUUUUUGGGUUGGAGAUUUGAAUUAUCGUUUGGACGAGAUUUCUCGAGAGUUAAUUGACGAAAACGGCAAAGACUAUAUGCAGCUGUACGCGUUUGAUCAACUGUAUAAGGAAAAAUUUAAAAAGCGUAUCUUCUUCGAGUACAAGGAAGGUAAAAUUUCCUUUGCGCCAACGUAUAAAUAUGAUCCCGGUACAGAUGAGUGGGACAGCAAUCGUACCCCGGCCUGGUGUGACCGGAUCUUGUGGAAAGGUCCCCGAAUUGAUCUCUUGAAGUACGACAGUGUAAUGCAGUUGAGGAAAAGCGAUCACAAACCGGUUUUUGCUGUUUUUAACGUUGGCAUUGAAACAAAAGAUGAAUUCAAGUUAAAACAAAUACAUCAAGAAAUAUUUAAAAAUUAUAACAAGUUUCAAAAAGAAAAUAAAAAAAAGAUAAUUGUGGAACAAACGGAUAUCGACUUCGGACUCAUACGGUUUAAUGAAAAGUAUUCUCGGGAGCUAUUGAUUGCCUAUAAUGGUGACCAUCCGGUUCAGUUUAAAUUGGUCGCCAAAGAUGACAAUGAACGAAACAUUUGGAAGGACAUUAUUCAAAUAAGUCACAAGUCGGGAGAACUGGACCCCGACAGUAGUCUCAGCAUUUGGAUAGAAAUUUUCGUAGAUGCCAAAGCAGCUUCGUGCAUACUGAAGAACCUCAAUGAUGCUAAAGCGGGAAAGAAAACUCUGCUGGAUACUCUCGUUUUGCAAGUGGAAAAUGAUAAGGACGUUUCUAUUUACCUUUUUGGAGAGUACAAAUCAAGCUGUUUCGGAGUUUCGCUAGAAACAUUGAUGAAUCUUGAUAAACCAAUCAAGGAGUAUAAAAUUAAUGAGCUUAUUUCCCUCGAGGAGAACAAGAAACGGCUGAACCUAGCGGAUGACCAAAACCUUAAAAUUCCUCGUGAAAUCAGCCAGCUUGUAGAUUAUCUGUCCAAAAUUGACAUGCAAUCGACGAUGCUGUUCGAUAUCAUGGAUGGAGCUCAUAACAAACAUCAAAACAUUCUGGAGAUUCGUGAUUGGUUGGAUAGUUGGUCAACGGAGGCGUUCCCUGUUGAUUCCAUUAACGCACCCGGACUUUGCGUUGAGGUUUUGCUGCUGCUCCUAGAAGCGCUUCCAGAGCCGGUGGUCCCCUUAAGCGUACAAGAUUGCUACGUAUGCGCAGACAAUUACGAAAAAUAUCGGAAACUAAUUUGCACCGAAUUAAAACCCCUUCAUCGACGUUUGUUUAUUUACAUUUGUAAAUUUUUAAAUGAGCUUCGAAAGGAAAACUCUAAUGUUCGAUUAGACGAAAUGGCUAAUGCCUUUGGAAAGGUAUUAAUACGUCCAACUCAUUCGCCCAUGGUAACAACUCCUGGUGCAAAUGAAGCAAAAGCGUCGUACAUCGAUGAUGAGCGGGAUCAGAGGCCGAAGCUUAUGAUGACCUUAAUGAUGAGCAAAAUUCAAGAUAUGGAAGAGGCGGAACCAGAAUAUAAUAAGUAUGUAGCUUUGUAUGUAUUACUACCACCCAGUCCGUAAUGACUUUGAGUGGACUAUUUCAAAGGAUUGGAAAUGUAAGCCGAGGCAUUUACAUCUUUAAAUGGGGAUACGAUAGAAUUGUUUCCAUCGAAUGAACGUAUCAGAAUUAUUUCGCGUUUGAUUCUAACCUGUAACCGGUAACAAAUCGUUUGAUUUUUUUUAUAUAAUUUUGUAGUUUUGUAUGUUUAGCUGUAGAAAAUUCAUGCUCCUUGUCCAGUCUCACAACAAGAUAGCACCAUAGUAGGCUACAUUUUUACUGCUGGUUGCUGUCAAUUAACAGAGUAGGAAAAGGAGGAAAGAAAAAGAGAAAAUGGAAGGCGAAAAGGAAGCUUGUUUCUGGAAAGUUCGCUCUCUUCUGUAUCAGGCGUCCAUGAGUAUAGUCAAGUUUCUGUAUAGUGUUCGUGAACGUUCACGAAAUUCACCCGAACACCGGUUUAACCUCUUCACGUUUCGACCCGCAGAUCGUUUGUGGUCUCGCGCCUCAACGUAAAAGAUCAUCAACAACCCUCCAUUGUGUUGUGAGUUGUGACCCUACUUGGUUGAAUGAUUCAACUGAAUCAAAGCAAUCGAAAGAUUCCUUUUAAUUCAACCACGGUUGAUCCACCAUCAACAACGUUCUUGGGGUCUGAGGCUUUAAAUAUCAAGGAGAACUUCCCUUCUCGGUCUGUCCUGAUACGAGGCACUCUCGUGAGCAGACCGAUUAAAAGCCUAUGAGAGAAGACGCCUGCAACCGAAUCCAGCAACGCCCGCUGACGCCGACGGUUUCGGCAGCCCGUCGAUACGUCAAUGCAUCGACGGCCCUUCCGCUUCCGGAACUAGAUUCCCAGAACCACGACGUCGCGACGCAACCGCUACAGCAACUGCAGCACAACCACGAUGAGUGAGUUUUUACACGCCACAUUACAGACAGAAAUUGUUUAUUGUACACACAGACAACACGUCACA